AUGUCCGAGUUGAUGAUUUUUAGUCAUUCUGUGGCAUGUAUCUCCUUGGCGAGGCUUCGCACGUCAGCCAUCGUGGUAUCGAACACUUUUGCUAAACCUUCCAAGCACUCCGUUCUGGAGCAAGAUGUCGAACCUCCUUACUCUAUAUUUACGACUUGCGAAAAAUGGCUCAUAGUAACUCUUGCAUCCGUAGCAGGGUUGUUUAGCCCGCUGACAGCGUACAUAUACCUUCCUGCCAUUUCAAUGAUCGCGACUGCGUUUGACAGGACUGUCGAACUUACCAACCUCACGGUGACGGUUUAUCUAGUGUUUCAGGCACCCAUGUUCUGGGGUACUCUCGCAGAUCGCAUGGGCAGGCGACCAACGUCGCUUGGAUGUUUGUUUGUUCUCAGCCUUGCUUGUAUCGGUCUGGCGUUCGUACCAACAUCAUACUCCUGGUUGUUGAUGGUUCUUCGGUGUCUCCAAGCGGUUGGUAGCGCUAGCACGCUCACGAUCGGUGCUGGUAUAAUUGCAGACAUUGCUACCCUCGCGGAGCGAGGUGGUUUCUUCGGCAUCUUCACAAUGGGUCCACAGGUUGGACCUGCAAUAGGAACCGUUGUAGGAGGCGCUCUUGCGGAUAAGCUCGGAUGGAGAUCCAUUUUUUGGUUCCUCUGUAUCUCCAGUUCAGCCCUGGGUGUCAGGUUCCUCCCGGAGACCUUGCGUAGCAUCGUCGGAAAUGGUAGUGUCUUUCCGCCUAUCCAGUAUCAUCCUUUAUUACCCUUAAUGGGGCGUUGCCACAAGGAUUCUGAGGUGGAGUGUCCACCUGCUCGUAAAUCUCAUAACCCUUUCCGUCUGUUCGCAUAUGUUGAUGUCCUGAACCUCCUGGCUUUCAAUGGCAUUCAAUACGCAGUAUUCACCGCAAUUCUGGCGACUAUAUCUUCAUUGUUCGAAGAAAACUACCCUCACCUGACAGAGACGGAUAUUGGGAUUUGCCAUCUGGCCCCCGGAGGCGGGCUUGCGCUGGGUGCAAUGUUCAGUGGCAAGCUCAUGGACUUGGAUUACAGGACUGCGAAGGAACGGCUGAUUCGUAAUUUAACGCCAGAGAAGGGUAUCCCAGGUGAUAUCAUAAGCGAUGUCGAUUUUCCCAUCGAAGCAACAAGGCUGAAGAGAUUGUCACUUUGGAUGAUUAUAUUCUGCGCAGCUUGCACCGGGUAUGGCUUGUACUUUCAAGCGCGAACGACCAUUGCAGUUCCUCUGGUCCUCCAAUUCAAUAACCUUAUACGGUGCUCCAUGAGAGCGUUUUUAGUCUCCGUGAUCGACUUGCUACUUUGCAAGAUUGACGCUGGGUGGACAUUUGUUCUUCUAGGGGGGAUAUGUUUGAUCUCGGUGCCCCUGGUUUGGCUGGCAGUGCGUACUGGACCUUCCUGCCGUGCUGGCAGAUGUGUACGUCAGCCUGCAUCUUAA